AAUUGAUUACUCUGUUCUGUAAAAACUGAAAAUGACUUGUAAAAGUUAUUUCAAAAAGCCUAUUAAUAUCAUAAGCCUAUUCCACCUUUAUCUUCCAAAUAAUGGACUAGCUGGUGCGUGUGUCAUGUGGCACCUUAACUCUAUAUCUUAUUUUAAAAAAAGAUACUAAGCUUUAUGUCACAAGACUAACAAACUGCUCCAUUGUUGGAUAAUUUCUUGGUUUUAGACCUCUUUCCAUUGACUAAUGUGGGAAAAGAUGAAGUAAAUGAAGGUCAUAUAUCUAUUAUAAUAUAUCAAUCAAGAAUAGAAAAAACUGAGGAUUUCUUUAUCUUUACAGUUGUUUAAGUUUUCAAGAGAAAGAAAGUCUUUGUUCACAGGUAUGAGUUAGGUAUUGUUUGUUGUCACAAGACAAGAAGCUCAACCAUUAUAUGCCACCAAUGUCAAAUAUUCAAACCUCACCUCAUUUCUUGGAGCAGUUGGGAUGUGUUUUUGUCUCUUUAUCUACUUUUCACUUGCCCUACUCAGACUUUCACCAGUAAGACACAAUAUCCUUUUAAAUGACAAGUAGUAUAAAUGUGGUAUCAAUCCUAGUAUCACUUUCAUACCUUCAAUCAAGGCUUAGUUUAAGAAAUUUGACUAACAUCAAAUUCAUUAAUAUCCAUCUAGUUUAGCUAAAACUUAGUUGCAGAGAACUUCCAUGCAGUCAACAGAGGUUCCAGUGCAGCUUUCAUGCAGAAAACAGUUUUCCUGCAUGUUUCAUGUCUUCAGACGGAGAAUUCACCGGCUUUGCUCGAGGAUGCGAUGGCUGAUGUGGCGUCGUCCAAGGGCUAAGGUGGUGAUCAAGAGGUUUGGGAAGCUGAGUUCAAGAGGAAGUCAUGGUCAGCUCAAAGAAAAACUAAGUUUCAAAUCAUCAUCAACUCAUCCAAAUGGACAGAGUAGGACUAUUCGACUAGCCUCCUUCAAUGCUGCAUUGUUUUCCCUUGCACCUGCUGUGCCUAAGCCUGAAAAAUCAUCCGUCUUUUCUCAUGAUGAUGACAAUGAUGACGGUUUCAAAUUUCAAAACCAGGUAAAGUCCGAGAAUAAUCGUCCUAAGAGCAUAUUGAAGCAUUCCCCUCUUCAUCCUAUAUUAACAAAUGGAGCAAAACCAAAGCAAAAAGUUUCUAUCAACCUUCCUGAGAAUGAGAUUUCAUUAGCUCAGAAUAGGGUACUUGGAAUCUUGGAAGAUGAUUCCACCAAGAUUUUGAGUUUAAACAACAACAGCCUAGGCCCUGUGAGGUCUCCGAUAUGCUUCCCCGCGAUGGCUAAUUGGAUGAUUAAUGAUUAUGGAGGGUGCUGCUUGAGUGGAACAAGGACCAUUCUUGAUGUGCUGAAAGAAGUGGAUGCUGAUAUAUUGGCUUUACAAGAUGUGAAGGCUGAGGAAGAGAAAGAUAUGAGCCCUUUAUCUGAUUUAGCUCGUGCUCUUGGGAUGAACUAUGUGUUUGCUGAAAGCUGGGCUCCUGAAUUUGGUAAUGCUAUUUUAUCCAAAUGGCCUAUUAAGAAAUGGAGAAUCCAGAAAAUCUAUGAUGAUAAAGAUUUCAGAAAUGUGCUUAAGGCUACGGUUGAUGUACCCCGGAUGGGAGAGUUGAACUUCUGUUGCACUCAACUUGAUCAUUUAGAUGAGAAUUGGAGAAUGAAGCAAAUAAAUGCAAUAAUACAAUCAAAUGACAGUCCUCAUAUUUUAGCAGGAGGGAUAAAUUCUCUUGAAGCCUCAGAUUACUCAUUAGAGAGAUGGAAUGAUAUCGUAAAGUAUUAUGAGGAGAUAGGAAAACCAACUCCAAGAGUUGAAGUAAUGAAUUUCUUGAAACAGAAAGAGUACAAUGAUGCAAAAGAGUUUGCAGGGGAAUGUGAAUCAGUUGUUAUCAUUGCUAAAGGCCAAAAUGUGCAAGGAACAUGUAAAUAUGGAACUCGAGUUGAUUAUAUUUUGGGAUCGCAAGGCCUUCCUUAUGCAUUUGUACCUGGAUCAUACUCGGUUUUUUCAUCAAAAGGCACGUCCGAUCACCAUAUAGUUAAGGUGGACAUCAUGAAAGCAGCAAGCAGAGGUAGGAAGAAUAGUAGGAAACAGAAGAAAGUGAAACAGAAAGUUGAGAGGAUGACAAGUUCUUGUUCUUCAAGAGGGAUUUGACAAGUGAGCAAUUAGCAACUAUAUAUGGUUAUUACUUGUUAGUUCAUUUUCUUCCUUGUGGUGGUGUAUACAUUAUUUUGUUUCCUUUCUUUGUGACUAAUUAUAACACUUCUAUUACAUGUAGAGUUUAAAAUAGUGAG